UUCCAGGGACCAACGAGUCAAACUGACACGAGGGAGGCCCUUCCUUGCCCCGGCCGGUAUCCCAAGUCUGAGCGCCUACCAGAUCUUUAUGCCUCAGGGUGGCAUACGCCAAUAGCAUUCGCAGACGGACGAAGACUGCAGUUUCAGGAGUCGAUCUUGUCCAAGGGUCCAUCAGCGGGGCGACGUCGAGGGGGGAGCUUUUGGGAUCUGGGCAGGCAGACCUGGGUCUGGAAGAUCAUGGAUGAGAGGUGCGGAAGACACACCUUGGUCUCUGGCGGAAAGCGGGAGGAACGUUUGCCCAAAUGGGAAGGCCAGGCAGGCUUGAUGGCGACUUGUCAGUUCAGUAGCCGCGGCAGUACGUCUGGUAAGUCGUAG